AAACACUGCAAACACACUCUCGUCCGGUUCUGCUUCCAUCUGCCCCGAACGGGUCAUUGUAACAUGAUUCCAUCGACGGUGGUGCCAUCGCCGGAUGUCUGGUUCUGUGGUGGCUGCCUGGUACAGAAAACGAAUAGGAAUCGGUCAAUUGGUUUUGCCUGCUUCCAAAUUUCUGCAUCGCAGACCAUUAGUCCAGGUACCGCGGGUCGAUAGCCGUCGUACGAUGGCUUCUGCCCGGCUAUAUUUUCCUCUACGGAGGCCGCUCUGUCGUCUUUCUGCUUCCAAACAUCUUCCACGUCCUCAGAGCCUCCAAGGCCAGUUUCGCAGAUACUCUUCGGAACAGAAGUCCCGUGAUUCACGACCGUUUACUGUUUGGAGACCAUACCUUCGUUUGGCGAUCGGCAUCCCAUUCAUCGGUGCCAUUAUAUACUCCAUGAUGACAGGCGAAGUGACCGAACUGGACACUCCAUCCAUCGUCGAGAUCGACGAGGCCCUCAAAAAACAAUCCACCAUCAAUGAAUCGUCCCCAAUGCGCCUACGCAUGGAGAAAUUGAUCAAAGAACAUCAGAAGAAGAUUGUCGACGAACUCAGCAGGGUCGAUGGUAAACCAUUCAAAGUAGACACAUGGUCGCGCCCGAACGGCGGCGGUGGCAUCUCCUGCGUUCUUCAAGAUGGAAAUGUUUUUGAAAAGGCUGGCGUCAAUGUCUCCGUCGUCUACGGAGAGCUUCCCCGACCUGCCAUUGAAAAAAUGCGCGCUGACCACAAGUCCUUCGUUGGUGCGGACGUGAACUCUCUGAACUUCUUUGCGGCCGGUCUCUCAAUGGUCUUGCACCCUUCUAAUCCCAUGGCUCCAACGGUCCAUUUGAACUACCGGUACUUCGAGACUUCGGAUCCCAAGGACCCCAUUAAUGGUGAUAAGAACUGGUGGUUUGGAGGCGGCACGGACCUGACGCCCUCUUACAUCUUCCCUGAAGAUUGCAAGCACUUCCAUCAGACCAUCAAGGAUGCUUGCGACAAGCACGACUUGACCUAUUAUCCCAAGUUCAAGGAAUGGUGCGAUAGGUAUUUCUACCUGCCCCACCGUGGGGAAGCUCGUGGCAUCGGUGGAAUUUUCUUCGAUGAUCUCGACGCUGCCUUCCUAGAAAGCUCUGCGACAUCUUCUCAAAAUCCGCAAGAGACACUCUUUUUUUUUGUUUCUGACUGUCUUGCUUCAUUCCUUCCUGCCUACGUGCCAAUCGUUGAGCGAAGGAAAGACAUGCCUUUCACGCCUGCCCAGAAGGAAUGGCAACAGCUCCGACGGGGCCGUUAUGUGGAAUUUAACCUUGUUUACGACCGUGGCACUAGCUUCGGUCUGCGCACCCCGAAUGCCCGUGUCGAGAGCAUUCUGAUGAGCCUCCCUCGCACAGCAAGCUGGGUAUAUAUGGACCCUGUUUCGGGAACCAGGACUGAAACAGCUGGCACUGCUGGGGAGGACGAGACAGAGGUAGAGGGUAAAGAGAAAGAAAAGGAACUUAUGGACGUCUUGAAGCAUCCAAGACAAUGGGCCUAAUAAUUUCUGGCCACCGGAUUCCACAUCGGAUUGAAAAACGUUAUUAUUAGAAAUUUGCCGUUCCACUAUUGUUUGCAAAAACAAAAAGUUGCGAGAUUUAUGAUCUCUUCUUGGAUUUCAAGGCAUACCUGCCUUAUUUCUUGGUUUCCUUCGAGGAAAUGAAAAGGAUUUCCCAUUCAAAAUGGGCCACCUGUGCACUAAUAUUACUGCCAUUUCAUGAAGUCAUAAAUGAUAAAAUCAUUCCUGUAUAAACAAAUUCUAUGUCAAACACCAUCAAAGAGAAUGAAGUAUUGAAUCCCAAAGCUAGAAUGGCAUGUCAUUAAAGUAGUGAGUGAAUCAUAUCUAUACAAGUAUCUAGAAUGAAGUAAUAUGCACAAUCUUUGCAUUUUUCA